AUGUUCUGCUCUUCUCUAAGAAAGCGGCCUGAAUGGAGCGCUCUUCCAACUACGCUUCUCUCCUCAGAGCAGCCAAAAUGGCAAGAAAAGACUCUCGAAACGCACGACCUCGCCAUUCCCCUCCCAAGGCGUGGCCAGCGGGAUCAACUGGAAUGCUUCCGCUUGAUUUUGCUUUCAUCGUCAGACCUUCAGCCUCUCUUCCACCCUCGUGCAACUGCAAUGACUCGAAUUGACAGACUCUACCAUUCGAGCGGUGGCAGACAUGUUGGGGUUAUUUUUUUGCUGAACGAAAAGACUCCCAAGAGCAAUGGAACUAUUGACUUUAUGAAUCUCCAAGCAAGCUUGUUCCCCAAUUUCGAAAUGCAAGUUCUGCCACUAUCUGGAGUCGACAUGCUGCUGAAGACACUCAUCGGGUUCCAGCAGCAGCUAGUCUAUACUCGAGAAGCAGUAGACCUGGCUGCAAAGUUCAAUCCUGCCACUGCUCUUCUGCCAUAUUGUUCCACGAAUCCUCCGAUCCCAGAGCAUCUCAGAAAUAUCUUGAGCGACGUCUGCCACAGCAUCCCCAGCCUAGCUCAAGCCGCCACAACUCAGGACGGCCAAGAAGGACUUCGACAUUGGCUCCCUGAAACCGGAGAGGCUGAGGAUAUUAUCGGAUUCUGGGAGCAAGAGUUCGUGGUUGACUAA